AGUGAGUGGAUCAUUCUAAGCAACGGAGCAGCUCAUUUUCGUGGAGAGAUCGAACGCGCGGUACCGCCUACGCCUAAGGUUACAGAAGAGAUGAAAGAAUACAUUCAUCGCAUGGACGAGAACGCUGUACCGCCUCGUCUCAUCUGGAGCAACUUACUGCGCGCACCCGAUGUCCCGAAGCCAAUGCUGGGCUACCCGUCCUACACCCAAGUUAAGCGCAGUGUGAAACAUAUACGA